AGACACGACCAAUCUCUGCCCUUUAUUUUUUGCUUUUCAACCUUCGCCCACUCCCAAUCCCAUACAACGGCGUCUUUCAGGCAAACCACUCUUGUCCGAUUCAACAGUCACUCGCCCACCACGCCAUCACCCCGCUGUCUGCCCGGCGCAAAGCCGCGACUGUCGCAAAGGCCGCUUUUUGGAUCCCACUUCAACUGUCCCAACAGGACUUGCCAACUCGUCCGACCGCUUCAAACAGCAUCUCUGGGACCGCCUGUCCAUUCCCGGUCGCUCCGAAUCUUCCAAGAGCGCCGCCCAUACCACACUCUCUCCAAUCUCGUCGCCAUGUCGGCCGCGCCUACCGGAACCCUGAACAUGAAUGAAUACACAUUUCCUACCGAACGCCUGCAAUCACAACUAAGGGAUCCUUCAAGGACACCCUUGGUACUUGUGGCUUGUGGUUCUUUCAGCCCAAUCACUUUCCUGCAUCUGAGAAUGUUUGAAAUGGCUGCAGAUUACGCUCGCUUCAACACAAACUUCGAGGUGGUUGGCGCCUACAUCUCUGCCGUCGGUGAUGCAUACAAGAAGAGCGGUCUUGUCAAGGCCGAGCACAGAAUCAACAUGUGCAGUCUGGCUGUUGAGCAAAGCAGCUGGAUCAGUGUUGACCCCUGGGAGGCUCUCCAUGAGGACUACCUUGAGACAGCAAAGGUGCUCGACCAUUUCGAGCACGAAAUCAACACCACCCGUGGACCUUUCAACACUCCGCAAGGUCCCAAGAAGGCCAAGAUUGCCUUGCUCGCUGGUGCGGACUUGAUUCAAACCAUGUCUGCUCCUGGCGUAUGGGCACCCAAGGAUAUCGACUACAUCCUGAGUAACUUCGGAGCCUUCAUCAUCGAGAGAGCCGGUACCGAUAUCGACGAAGCCUUGUCGACACUGCAACAAUGGAAGGACAACAUCCAUGUUGUACAACAGCUGGUGCAGAAUGACAUCUCUAGCACGAAGAUCCGCCUAUUCCGCAAGCGCGACAUGAGCAUUCGCUACCUGGUCCCGGAGCCCGUCGUAAAGUACAUUGAGGAACAGGGACUGUAUGAUGAGGAUGGAGCCAACAGCACGCAUGAGGCGCAAAACUCGAAGAAACCUGGUGAGAGCGCAGGCGCUCCUCCGCAGAACAUGUAAUAUUUCCCGUCCUUCUGAAGACGC